ACUAUCGGUGAUCACUCAUUCCCACCGAUACAAGCAAGUGGUGGUUGUUGUCGUCUGACUCGGCGGCGACUGCGACAUUGGUCGGAGAAAUGGCCGAUCAGUUUGUUAUUGGUUCUGUUUUCGCUUCUGUUGUCGGAUUUAUUUUGAUUUAUUCAUUCUUCGUUGUGAAAAGCGUUCGAAAAGUUCUUCCGGCCGAUGCCGGAAAUAGCAACGGAAAAUCGUUAUCGGUAACGACAAGAACAAUAUGCAUCAACGGAGAAUGCAGAUCUGAAACCGAUGCCGACGUCAUUAUCGUUGGCGCCGGAGUUGCCGGUGCGGCUCUCGCUCAUACCCUCGGCAAGGAUGGACGCAGGGUACGUGUAAUUGAAAGAGACCUGACAGAGCCUGAUCGAAUUGUUGGUGAACUGCUACAACCAGGAGGUUAUCUCAAACUCAUGGAGUUGGGGUUGGAAGAUUGUGUAGAAGAAAUUGAUGCUCAGAGGGUUUUUGGGUAUGCUCUUUUCAAGGAUGGAAAAAAUACUCGACUCUCUUAUCCUCUGGAGAAGUUUCAUGCAGAUGUGGCAGGCAGAAGCUUUCACAAUGGCCGAUUUAUACAGAGAAUGAGGGAGAAAGCCUCAUUGCUCCCAAACGUUCAAUUGCAGCAAGGAACAGUCCUAUCUCUUCUCGAAGACAAUGGGACUAUUAAAGGGGUGAUGUACAAGACUAAAACUGGGGAAGUGAUGAAAGCAUAUGCACCACUAACCAUUGUAUGCGAUGGCUGUUUUUCAAAUUUGCGGGGCUCUCUUUGCAAUCCCCAGGUGGACGUGCCCUCAUGUUUUGUUGGUUUAAUCUUGGAGAAGUGCCAACUUCCAUAUGAGAACCAUGGGCAUGUCGUUUUAGCAGACCCAUCACCCAUCUUGUUCUACCGAAUCAGUAGUACAGAAAUUCGGUGUCUGGUUGAUGUACCUGGUCAAAAGGUACCCUCCAUUUCAAAUGGGGAUCUGUCCAAGUAUUUGAAGACUGUAGUUGCUCCUCAGAUCCCCGUGGAAAUGCAAGAAGCUUUUGUGGCAGCAAUUGAUAAAGGAAACAUAAGGACAAUGCCAAACAGAAGCAUGCCUGCUGCUCCUUACCCAACUCCAGGUGCUUUGUUGAUGGGCGAUGCAUUUAACAUGCGUCAUCCUCUGACCGGUGGAGGAAUGACUGUAGCAUUAUCUGAUAUAGUCGUGCUACGCAAUCUUCUGAUGCCUCUUCAUGAUCUUCAUGAUUCAUAUACUCUCUGCAAGUAUCUCGAGUCCUUUUACACUCUGCGCAAGCCGGUGGCAUCCACAAUUAAUACAUUAGCAGGAGCUCUGUACAAGGUUUUUUGUGCUUCAGCUGAUGAAGCAAGGCAAGAAAUGCGAGAAGCGUGUUUCGACUAUUUGAGCCUGGGAGGUGUGUUCUCAAACGGACCCGUAUCUCUGCUCUCGGGUCUCAACCCUCGGCCGUUGAGUUUGGUCGUACAUUUCUUUGCAGUUGCGAUAUACGGUGUUGGACGUUUGUUACUUCCAUUCCCCUCCCCUAAACGAAUGUGGAUGGGGGCCCAACUCAUCUCAGGUGCCUCUGGAAUAAUAUUUCCAAUCAUUAAGGCAGAAGGAGUGAGGCAGAUGUUCUUUCCUGCAACAGUGCCUGCAUAUCACAGAGCUCCUAAAACUACUGGUUCAAACCACUAGGAAAUCUCUACCUCUCUUCUUGAAUGUUACUUCAUAACUUUGGAAAUGUAAAAAAAGCUAUUUUGAUGUAAGAUUUUUUUUUUAAUU